AUGCCGCCCUUCCUAUAUGGGCGGGGCCCGCAGGGAUGGCAGUGGGUGCUUCGACAGCUGGCUUGGGCGAGCCAUGGAGGGGGGAAUGGUAGCGGCAAGGGGAGGCAGGGGGAAGCAGCAGAGGGAGGGAAGGCACGAGAGGGGAGGACCGGAGAGGAGCAGGUGGGGAAGGAGGGCAGAUGGGCUCACAAUAGGGUAUGGCACUGGUUGGGGGGGAAGAGUGCAGUGGGGCGAGGGAGGGGACUUAGAGCGCAGCAGGCGAUGCGGCAUGGGUUGCAUGGGGAACAUGGGGAAUUGGAAAGACAUGGGGAAUGGGAAGGACAUGGGGAAUAUGCGGGGAUCGAGCCUGACUUGGCACAUGUGGUGGAUGGCACGGGUGCUGCCUCUGCUAUCCGCAUUGACCCUCAGUAUGACUCGGUGAAAGAAGCCGAGCGGGCGCGGGGGAGUGCGGAGCAGGGCAGGGGAGUGGGUGGGGAAGGGGAGGGGGAGAGGGGGGGGAGUGGGAGGUGGAUGGCGCUGCCAGCUGUGCGGGGUGCCACGUGGCAUGGGCAGGUGAAUGAGAUGCUGCUGCGCGGGGAAGUGGGGGAAUCGGGGAAGGAACAGGGGGAGGGACGGGAGGAGGAACUGGGGAAGGAAGGGGCUAAUGGGGAGAAUGGGGUGGGGGUGAGAGGGCAGGAGGAGGAGGAGGGGGGAGAGAUUGCGUGGGAGUGGGAGAGGAUAGGGGGAGAGCCAACAGUGGCACAUCUGCGAUGGCACCUGCCCAUGUGCCAUGGGCCCGAAGGCGAGCACCCUUGUCUCAUGCGUCGCAUCCGCCCCGGCAUCUGCCCGUGCGAGCACGCCCACGCCUCCCGCCGCUCCUCCCUCCCCUCCGCCCCCUUCCGCGCUGGCCCCUACUUCGCCUGCUCCCCUGACCCUCCGCCUCCCCCUCCUCGCCCUGUACUUGAUAUAAGCAUGCCUAACACCUCGCUAUUGGCAAGAACGAGGACAAUAGGAGCAGUAGGAAGGGAAAGGAGAAGAGUGGGAGGGGAGGGACAGGAGGGAGGAGAGAAAGGGGAGAGGGGGAACGGAGGGACUGAGGGGGGACAAGGCGAGGAAGGGGAGGUGGAGGUGGUGCGGGCAUGGGGGUUGGAGGAGGUGGUGGGGGAGGUGGCGGAUGGGAACAAGGCAAUAGUGCUUGUGGCGGCCACUCACCACUAUGCCUCCAUGCUCCUCAGCUUCGCUUGCAUGCUACGUCGUCUCUCAGUACCCAACCUACUAGUAGCAGCCCUCGACCCCACCGCCUACCGCAUCGCUCUUCUGCACGCCCUCCCAGUUUUCUACGACAACACCACUGCUGCAGCAGCAGCGGCGCUACCACCCGGGUCACAUGGACCAGGGGCGGAUGAAGCAGGCCCAGAGGCGUGUCCCUUCAACAGCCAUUGCUUCCGGCACUACACGAAGCUCAAGAGCCGUGCUGUGCUGCGCGUGCUGCGGUUGGGCUAUGCGGUGCUGUGGAACGAUGUGGACGUGGUGUGGUUUGAGAAUCCAAUGCCGCUGCUGUGGCAGUAUGGAGAGGGGGUGCUGGCAAUACAGAGCAACGAGCCCGACCCCUCGCUCCCAGCCAACUCUAUCCGGCGCAUCAACAGCGGCUUCUACCUCGCUCGCCCCGACCCUCUUACCAUCGCUGCUCUCACCGCCGUGGUCAAGCAUGCGGCACACUCACGGCUGUCGGAGCAACCUUCUUUUUAUGAUGUGCUGUGUGGGGAGCACGGGGAGCGACGGGUGAGUGGCUUGUUCUGUUUGCUGUCAUUGCUCGUACUCGCACUUCUGUUCUCCCUAACUUGUGCUGCCUUCACUCUCACCGCUGUGGUGAAGCAUGCGGCACAUUCUCGGCUGUCGGAGCAACCUUCUUUUUAUGAUGUGCUGUGUGGGGAGCACGGGGAGCGACGGGUGGGCUCUGACGCGUGCCAGUGGACCAAUGGCCUGCGAGUAGUCUUCCUGCCACGUCAGCAGUUUCCCAACGGGGCAGUUUACCAGCUGUGGGGGCCCAGGGAAGGAGAUGCUGGCAGUGGGCAAGGGGAGGUGGUAUCUGGUGCUGUUGGCCAGGGGGAGGUGGUAUCUGCUGGGAGUGCAAGUGCAAGGGAGGAGUGUGAAAGAAGAGGGUGUGUGAUUCUACACAAUAACUGGAUCGCAGGCUACGAUUCGAAGGUGUCUCGGAUGAAGAGCCAUAAACUAUGCGCGGCGGAGGUGCGACUAGACGCCGCGUUGCAGCGACUCCGCGCGCUCGACUCGAGCGUGCGGCCGUCGUCCAUCGUCGCCGUCGGUGACGCCCUUCCCAUUGGCGCCGAUGCAUCGUUCCUCAGGGGGCAUGGCACGAGGGAGGGCGAGGAGGGGCAGGUGUGCGCCACGGUGUGCGGCGUGGUGAAGCGAAUCAACCGCCUGCUCUCCGUGCAACCACUCAAAACCUGGUAUGUGGCGCAGACAGGGGACGUGGUGGUGGGCCGAGUGACAGAGCUCGCACCAAAGCGGUGGAAGCUGGCUGUGGGGUCGGCACAUGAAGCGCAGCUUAUGCUCUCCGCAAUUAACCUACCAGGGGGGGCGCAGAGGCGGCGCACAGCAGUGGAUGAGUUGAACAUGAGGAACAUCUAUGUGGAGGGGGACCUUGUCACGGCAGAGGUGCAGAGUGUGUUCCAUGAUGGCUCGGUGGUGCUGCACACCCGCAGCGAUAAAUACGGCAAGUUGUCAGGCGGUCUGCUAGUACACGUCCCCCCGUACCUCGUGAGGCGCCUGAAGCAGCAUUUCCACAUGCUCUCGCCCACUGGCCCACUCCUUGUCUUUGGCUGCAACGGCUGGUUAUGGGUUGGCCAACCGCCGCCCUCCACCUCCCCAUCUGGCUCAUCUGGGACCGCGGGUGAAGGGGCUAGCGGGGGUUAUGGUGGUAGUGGUGGUGGGAAAGGUGUGGCUGAGACGGUUGUGGGUGUGGAGGAACGGGAGAGGAUUUGUCGAGUGGCGGCGGCGAUUCGGGCGCUAGAGAGGGGAGGUCUGGCGGUUGAUCCGCCGGCGCUGGCGAGGGUGGUGGAGUGGAGCGUUGUGAUGGGCGUGUCGGUGGCGGAAAUGGGCGAUGAGGAUUUUGUUGCGACUGUUGUGGAAAAGGAGGUGGAAAAGAGGGAGGCCGAUGCAGCAGAAGGGAGCUGA